GGAGGAACCAGCAGCUGCUGCUCCCCAGCCGGGUCUGGGCAGGGGCGAGACCUUCAUUAAAGCUCCUUCUGUGCCCAGCCCAGCAGGUGAUGGGACAGUGAGUGAGAACAAAGGAGGAGAAUCCUUAGCAGAAAAUCCUCAGCAAGUGUAACUGCACAGGACGUUAUCAGGAAGAACUGAAGGGAAUUUCUUCCAGAGUUGUAAGAGAGGCAGCUAGGAAAAAAGUGGAUAAAUCUAUUUGUUGUGGGAGCGGCUGCGGGAAUCUCAAGGAAACCACAUCCCAGCAAGGAAUCCAAAUGGGAGAGAGAAAAAACACAUCCACUGAGUUUGGGAAAAGUUUUAAUGACAGCUCACACCUUCCUAGACAUCAGAGAACACUCACAGGGGAAAGACCCUUCAAGUGCUUGGACUGUGGGAAAAGCUUCAAUCUGAGCUCAAACCUUCUUACCCACCAGAGAACCCACACAGGAGAGCGACCCUAUAAAUGCUUGGACUGUGGGAAAAGUUUCAGCCUGAGCUCAAACCUUCUUACACAUCGGCGACACCACACGGGAGAGCGACCCUAUAAAUGCUUGGACUGCGGGAAAAGUUUCAUUCAGAGCUCCGAUCUUAUUUCACAUCAACGACUCCACACAGGAGAGAGACCCUAUAAAUGCCUUGACUGCGGGAAAAGUUUUAUACAGAGCUCACACCUUAUUAGACAUCAGAGUCUCCAUUUGGGAGAGAAACCCCAUAAGUGCCUCAUCUGUGGGAAAAAUUUCACUCAGAAGUCACACCUUAUUAGACACCAGGGAAUCCACACAGGAGAGGAGCCCUAUAAGUGCACUGACUGUGGGGAAACAUUCGUUCAGAGCUCACAGCUUAUUGUGCAUCAGAGAAUCCAUAAGGGAGAGAAACCUUUUAAAUGCUUGGACUGUGGGAAAACCUUCAGUCGGAGUUCCCACCUUAUUGUGCAUCAGAGAACCCACACGGGAGAGAAGCCCUAUAAAUGCUUUGACUGUGGGAAAAGUUUUAGUGUCAACUCAAACCUUAUUACGCAUCAGAGGACCCACACAGGAGAGAGACCCUAUAAGUGCCUGGACUGUGGGAAAAGUUUCCAGCGGAGCUCACAUCUUAUUAAACAUCAGAAAAUCCACACGGCGAAGAGGACCUGAAUGUGGGUGACUCUUCACUUGGGGCUAUGAUCAUAACUGGCUUCUGCAAAUCCAUACAGGAUAGAGACCUCCUAAAUGUCCAUAGUGUGGCAAAUGUUUCAAGCAGAGUUCACAUCAUAUUGGACGUGAGAGACUCCACACAGCAGAGAAAUUGUAGCAGGCUGCCAGCCUCUGCUGUCGUUAGGACCAGCUUUCUGUUUAAUGCUUGUCUCUUCUAAGUGCUCUAAAACCUGCAUGGUUACUCAGAUAGCUCUGAUAUUUGGUGUACCUCAUGGGUUCGUGGGGUAGGGUGAGUGAACUAAAUUUGGGGUCACUUAAAUAUGGGGUUCCUGAGAUAUAGCCCCCUGACAACAGCUGCAUUUUGCAAAGUUGAGAGGUUCCACCAAUGGUUUUUUGCCCAGAUCUGGGGAUCUGUCACAGGGUUGGAGGAUGCAUCACCUCUGACCCUGUAACCCUGAGAGCCUCACAAUGCUUUGCUACUGUAACUCCCUGCCUGGGACGGUCACAGUCAGCAACAAGCAUGCAGGUCACAGCCUGAGUGUCUGUGUAUAAAUGCCACCCUGGUCCAGCCACUCUGACCCCAGCAACACAGCAGGCCCACUCCCUGCUCUCUACCAGCUGGGUUACCACCAGCAGGGUGACCCCAAUGCACUCCCAGUCCUGAAUUUUGCCCAGACUGUGUGCUCUGCAACGUGCAAUGUCAACCAAAUGUAUUAACAAAAGGUCAUAGGUUAAGUGAUGCUGAGAAAAGGAAUAAAAGUAGAGAUGGUUACAAGCAAAUGAAAGUGAAAAUUUGCAUCUAAAAGUCAAAAACUGAAUCUAGCGUGGUAUGGGCUUUAUUCAAGAUGGUUUCUCUCAGCAAUCUUCCUUCUUGCCAGCCAGGGCUGAAUUUCUCUCAGUCAGGAUCUUCUGCAGAAGCCCAAGGGGCUGGCUUCCCUUGUCCACCUGGGUGAAAGACCUUUGCCUAAGUGGAUUUCUUUCCUAUAUUCAGUUCCCAGAGACUUCAACCCCUCCCUUGGUUGAAGUGCCCAUCUUUCUGAGCUUGCAAGAGAUCUAUUCCUUUGUGUCUGUCUAGUGAAGGAUCCCAAAGAUGGCUUCUGUCCUUGUUUUCCAAAUUUCAAUGACCUUGCUUUAAGAGGCAGGAUGACCUCAUGCUCUACUUCCCUUCCUGUG